UGACUUCCUUCCUUUUUGCCUUAUCAAUUUUUAAAGUAAGCUUAACCCCAAGAGACAACUUAAGCCAUUGUAGUAAGUAAGACGAGUUAUAUCCUCACUCGGUCCUAUACUUCGACACUUCCUCCUCCCCGGGGUAUUGAUAGUUUGGCAACAUAGAUUCUAACUGAAGUAAGGAUCUGAGUGAGAAACUACAACACCUUGGAGAAUCAUAAUCGACCGGGAGGAAGAGCGUCCAAGUCUGAAAUAGAAUCGUAAAGAACUGUGGAAGAUCCUGAUCGAGAAGGUGGCCGAAAUCUUGACGAGAGUCGAAGAACGUUGGCAAACAAGUGUCGCCAAUGAUGAAGCAGUCAGACCCUUGGCGACAUCAUCCGAACAAGUCCCCCUUUGCACAAAUAGGCUCUGACUUACAGCUCUCGGCUUUAUUUGACCUUGUCACCUGAGUGCGACCGACUUAGCGGAGUUUUUCUCUCCUCUGUGGCCACCAGUGUUCCCAGUAUCGCCCUCGAAUUUUUUAACAGAAUAAGAACCAACACUCUAGGCCCUCCAUAUUUGGGCCAAGGAUAGAAAUGACCGCGAUCAUUUCUGGGGUUUAUGCUCCUGGUUCAAGUUGUUGGAUCUUCAAGAGUGUGCAAGCUUUCAAAACUUGCGCUCGUAUGAAAAACGGACUGGAUGACGACCAUCGGAAGCCACUGACUUGCCGCGCUUUCUUACUUUGUCUUGCUGCCGUUUGGCUCAGGACUUCGAUCAGGAUUUUGUUGGAUUUGAAUGGCGUGGCGAUGCGUAACGCCCCUAGUGCGGAGUAGCGUCACAGAUUGCCCCUUCCCCCGUUUUCCUUGCAUUAUAUAUUUUAGUCAAACGAUAUCGGUAGGUUUAGGCGUCGCAAGUGGUGGGCCCGCGUGGUAAAUACUCGGGGUAGAGUUAUAAACUUUCUUUUUUGCGUAUCCCGCAUAGUUUUCCAUGUUUUAGAUAUAGCAUAGAGCUGGCUAGAUUUAUUCGGGUAAGUUGUGCUUUUCUUAACACGAACCAGAAUCCCGAAAUUUGUAAGGCAGUGGGACCUCUCGGGUUUCAGCUGAAAAGAUUUGCGGCCUGAAUCUGCCACCGUUCUACGCCCGUGGCCGGCGAUCACCGCGCCAAGCUCAGCGUGCGUCUUUGACUACGGUCCCGGAAGGAGAAACUUCCGGGGAUGGGGACGGUACCAGGCGACGAAGGACUCGCCGCGCAGCCUGAGCCCCACAGGACCAGCGGAGGAGGAUUCGCUUCACGCCCGGGCUUCUACAGCAUGGCGACGGACAGCGACGACGAGGGUCACGGUG